GCUACAUUCUCCAUGCACUGUUAUAUUCCAGUAUAUAUUUGUUAUGAAAAACUUGCAAAACAAACCAAGCCAGUUUGGAAUUAUCUUUGAGUUGUUUGUGAGGGUUAAGCAUACCAAGUAUGCUGAAGAUUAGAGCCUUUCUUACAGAGAACACUCUUACGAGAAUGAAACAAAACACGUUGCACAGCCUGGGAGCUGCUCCAGGAGAGUGGUGGGAAUUGAUAUAGUUUUAUAAUACUUUUAUGAUACUUUUACCACUAGGGAUGUUUUAAUACUUGUUCUGAGGAGACCCAGCAGCUCUCUGUGUCUUGAGAAGGUUUAUCAACAUAUGACAGUCACCGUAGUGAGAUAACGAACGACCUUUUAUGCUCGGUUGUCUGAAAGGUCGAGUGAGUUCUCUGGUUUACAGGGGUUCAUUUAACUAAUGAGCUCCUCCCUGGCAUGCCAGCGGUGUGGCAUAAGACUGCAGCUGAGUGCAGGGUGAAGAGUAGAGUGUGAGCUGCCCUGGGAAUGCCGGUCCUGGAGGCAGAUCAGCGUUCCGCGGAGGAGGCGGCAGAGGCGCAGCCAUCCCCAUGCCCUGCGGAGCCGGGCGCUCCGGCAGCUCCUCCUGCCGCCGUGCGUGGGGCGGAGCCGCCCCCCUCGGGCCCGGAGCGGCCCUCGGAGCCGGCGCAGGGAGCCAUGGCCGAUGCCGGGAGGGAGAUGUACGUCCGGUUUGUGGGCCCGGAGGAGCCGGCGGAGGAGGAGGAGGAGGAGGCGGCGGCGGGGCCGACGGGCGGCGGGCGCUGCGGCGGGGCCGGAGCCGCCCUGCGCUGGUGCAUCACCGGGGCGCUGUGCGCGGCGUUCCUGGGGCUGGGGAUGAGCAUCGCCGUGCUGGGUCCCACCUUCCCCAACCUGGCCGCCAACGUCGGCAAGAACGUCAGCGACAUCUACUACAUCUUCGUGGGCAGGUCCCUCGGCUACCUGGGCGGGUCGGUGAUCGGCGGGGUGCUGUUCGACUGCAUGAACGCCAGGCUCCUGCUCGCGUUAUCCAUGGUUGCAACAACGGUUGGUCUUUAUGGGAUACCCUGGUGUAAGGACUCCCUGCUGUUAACUGUCUUGAUGUCAGUUAUUGGAGGCUCCAUGGGAAUUCUGGACACAGGUGGCAAUGUACUGGUACUGAAAACCUGGGGAGCAGAAGCUGGGCCACAUAUGCAGGCCUUACACUUCAGUUUUGCUGCCGGUGCAUUUCUGGCUCCGAUCCUGGCUAAAAUGGCUUUGAGAGGUUCUGAAUCUGAAGAACAUCCUGUGGCUGAAAAGACAAACCAAUCUGUCCUGAAGUCUGUGCCGACAGCAUCGACUGCAUCAGCUAUACCAACACUGCAAGACCAUCUUGAGGAAGACUUCUUGUGGUCCUAUGUUGUCAUAGGGACCUAUCUUCUCUUAGUUUCCCUCUUCCUUUUUUUUUUGUAUUCAAAGGGCAGCUCAGCUCGCGACAAAUCAAAGGCUUCUCAGCAGAAGGGCAAGCUUGCCAGAUACCACUGGGCUCUAAUUGGUCUCCUGUUCGUAUUCUUUCUUUUCUAUGUGGGAGCAGAGGUCACUUAUGGCUCUUAUGUAUUUACUUAUGCAAUAGUCUUUGCUGAGAUGAAAGAAAGUGAAGCAGCUGCUUUGAAUUCUGUCUUCUGGGGUGCGUUUGCUGCUUGCAGAGGAGUGGCAAUAUUUGGUGCUGCUUUCUUGUACCCCGGCACCAUGAUCACGCUGAGUCUCGUAGCCUCUGCUGUCUCCUCUUCAGCCUUGGCCUUCUUUGCACAUUACCGAGCCUCCCUGUGGGUGGGAAGUGCCGUGUAUGGAGCAUCAAUGGCCACCGUCUUCCCCAGUGGCAUUUCCUGGGUAGAACAAUACACAGUUGUGGAAGGAAAAUCGGCUUCUCUGUUUGUGAUCGGCGCCGCGCUGGGCGAGAUGUGCAUUCCCGGCCUGGUGGGAUAUCUCCAAGGCAGGUUUCACCACGUUCCUGUGGUUAUGUACACUGCCUUCGUGUCUUCUGUAAUGACAGCUGUACUCUUCCCAGUGAUGUACAAAUUGGCCACCUCUCCCCUUGAGAACGACUUGAAAGAAGUGAGUGACAGUGAGACCCAGAAAGCUUUGUUGUCAAACUCAAGGCUUACUGAGGAUGAAGAGGAUGAGGACGAUGAGGAGGAUGUGAGAGAGUGGAACAAAGCAGACUUUGAGGUAAUAGAAAUGAAUGACAAGCUCAAAAACUCUCUCAUAGACACCUCCCAUAAGAUACCAGCGGACUCUCCAGCUCAAGUCGCUCUCCAGCCCCAUCUGGACAAUGUAUCGGGCGAUUCUCCAGUGGUUACUGGUGGCUCUCCUGGGAGACAAAAUGGGAAUGUUGACUGGGAGAAGAGUGAUUAAAGUCAAAGCUUUCAUUUUUUUAAAAUGGAAAUUCAGCCUGCAGCGAUGUGUCCCAGAGUGGGCAGCUCCUCAAUGAUGUGAAUGGGGCAGCAUGAUAAAUGUGUAGGCUAUGCCAAAACUGUUAAAAUGUUGAGAUGUUUUCUAAGUGUGAGGCAUGCAUCCAAGUAUGAUACGCUGUGAUAACUGGGAAAGAAGGGGACUGCUCAGACUACUCAGUUUUUUGGGAUGGAUGAAAGGUGCAGGUCUGAGGUGCUUUGUCACAAAAUGUUUUCAUGAGAGAGGAGAACUGUCAUCUGUGAUGCUGAACUUUUCCUACCCUGUGAAAAAGGAAUAUUUUUAUUGCAUUUGAAAGUUGCGUGUGAUCCGGAAAUCAGUUAAAAUUUCAGGUGAUGGUCAGCGGCUGUAAACUGAAUAACCUUUUGGCAAAGUAUAUAAAUUCCUGGUUCUAUCACUAAGAUGAGAAAAAAAAGGAUAUUAUUUCUUAGGAGUGGAACCAUGCCUUUGGGUCACCUCAAAGCAGUUUAUGGGAAGAGGCACAAAAUUGGUCAUUGUUAAUCUGCUCUAAUGCACAACUCUGACUUACUCAACAGCAGUGAGUUAUCUAAAUAACCUAAACUAUUUGUGAUUUUAAUUAUGGCACUACCACUGAAAUCAACAAAUAUAUGUAGAAGAUGAUAAAAUUAUCAUAGAAUCAUAGAAUGGUUUGGGUUGGAAGGGAUCUUAAAGAUCACUUAGUUCCAACCUCCCUGCUGUGGGCAGGGACAGCUUCCGCUAGAUCAGCUUGCUCAGAGCUCCAUCUAGUCUGGCCUUGAACACUUCCAGGGAUGGGGCAUCCAUAGCUUCUCUGGGCAACCUGCUCCAGUCCCUCACCACCAUCACUGCAAAGAAUUUUUUCCUAAUAUCUAAUCUAAACCUACUCUCUUUUAGUUUGAAUUAAUUCCCCCUUGUCCUGUCACUACAUGCCCUUGUAAAAAGUCCCUCUCCAUCUUUCUUAUUGGCUUAAUAUAUGGUAUUGGCAUAGGGGUGUGUUCUUUUUAAGCCAGUUGUUUAAAUUAAGGUUAUAACAACUUCUCUGGCUUCCUGUGCCAAGACUUUCACAAAGUAAUAUGUUAAAAUGAAAAUUUUAGGAGCGGGAAUUAUCAAUGAGGCAAACGUUUCCAGUUGUACUGUGUGAGUACUUGCCCCUGACCAGCUGGAUUGGUGCCAUUUGGGUUUCUUUGGGGGAUGACAUUAGCAGAGAAGCUGUGGCUUGCAUGUGUAGGUUCAUUGCUGCUAAGGAGGAAGCCCCGGGCAGGAGCAGUCACACCAGCGAGCCCUUGUAAGAGGCAAAGAAAAAAAAAAAAGGAAUAGUAGCCAAUGGCAAAACCUGCCUCUCAACAAAUUUGGAGUUUCAAGUUGACAAAUGCCAAGAUUACUCUUAAGUGUUUUUUUUUAAGGCUGUGCGAUCAUGAUGUGCUCAUGUUUGUUUUUGUUUUUUUUUUUAAUUAUGCACUUUUAUUAGUAUUUUUCUUGCUAAGGGUUUCAUUUAGUCACGAAAGAGUUCUAGGUGUAACAUAGGUGCCCAGAUGGCCAAGAAGGCCGAUGGCAUCCUGGCCUGGAUCAGGAACAGUGUGGCCAGCAGGACCAGGGAAGUGAUCCUUCCCCUUUACUCAGCGCUGGUGAGGCCACACCUGGAGUGCUGUGUCCAGUUCUGGGCCCCUCAGUUCAGGAAGGAUAUUGAGGUGCUGGAGCAGGUCCAGAGAAGAGCAACCAGGCUGGUGAAGGGACUUGAACAUAAGUCCUAUGAGGAGAGGCUGAGGGAGCUGGGGUUGUUUAACCUGGAGAAGAGAAGGCUCAGUGGAGACCUCAUCACUCUCUACAACUCCCUGAAAGGAGGUUGUACCCAGGUGGGUGUUGAUCUCUUCUCCCAGGCAAUCAGCAGCAGGAUGAGAGGGCAUGGGCUUAAGUUCUGCCAGGGGAGGUUUAGGUUGGAUAUUAGGAAGAAAUUUUUUAGAGAGUAAUCAGACACUGGAAUGGGCUGCCCAGGGAGGUGGUGGAUUCACUGCCCCUGGAGGUUUUUAAAAUGAGACUGGAUGUGGCACUUAGUGCCAUGGUCUAGUAACCACGGUGGUGUUGGAUCAAGGGUUGGACUUGAUGAUCUCAGAGGUCUUUUUCAACCUGGUUGAUUCUAUGAUUCUACGAUAGCACAGAACUUAGAUGUUCCCUGUAUGUCAGGUUUGUUUUUGUUCCCUCUCUUGUCCUCCAAAUGUGCAACCUAGAAAUUGCAUGGCUUUUUUCCUUUCUUCUGAGAAGUUACUGAGCAGCUGGAAUCAACUUGCAUGAAAAUGCCUUUUUUUUUGUUCUGUUUUGUUUUGUUUGCAUCUUCCCAUGUUGCAGGGUGUCCCCCUCCCUCUGCCAUUGGUGCUUAAAUGCCAUUGUGGUUUUGCCAGAUUCCUCCUGUGGCAAUUUUUCCAGCGCAAUGCAUAAACCUGCACUUUAAAAUGAGGCCUUGCUUCACCUGUGGCACAUGAUUUCUCUUCUUUGCUUACAAUGAUGGUAAAUGCUUUUAAAUACCAGGCCAAUACCACCUAGGUGCAGGUGACAGAAGCAAGUCAGUGUGGCCUUGUGUGCUCAGUUGGUUUGCCCUGGUAACAGACGUGUGGUAGGCACAUGUGGAAUGAGUGCAGCUCCAGCAUGCAUUUCAUAAUUUUUCCUUUUCCCAUUUUUCCUCCUGCCCACUGCAGGAACUGCUGUGUGUGUGGAAAGCAGGUGGUAUUUACUGGCAGGGAGGACAAAUCCCACUGGUGGAUGGGGAGAAAGAAAAGUGCAGGACACACAAUGAAAGAUAUGGAAACUUUUCUGUGGCAGCUCCUCAUUGCAGCUGCAAUCCAUGGGCUUCACCUGCAUUGAUGUCAGUGUAACAGAGUUUCCCCACGCCCGAGAUCUUGUUGCCAGAAGAAAAUAAUUUAAAGAAAUACACCAGGCAACCAGGAAGAUUUUAAAUAUCCCCAAUUCAUACACUAAUUUUUGAUGAAUUCCCAUAUUGGAAUGUCCUGCACAUAAGCUUGUUCUCAGGGAUCAGUUUACAUGUCUUGCAUAAUUGAGUACUAAAAAUCCCAGAAAAUUAAAUCAAAACUUCAUUGGGAAAUACCCUGUAACCUUUUUGAAGCUUAUCUACUAUAUAUAUGCACACAUUUAUUUGUGUUUCUGACCAAUGUCUUCCCAACAAAUGUAAAAAUAUUGCCCAAAACAGAUUUUUUUUUUUUAAUUACCUGUAUUAAUUCCUGCAUAACUUCAAUUCAUUCCCAUUGCCUGUGCAGUAGGAAUGGAGCAACAGGCUGGAAUGCCAAGAUAAGAGCAGCCUUUUCCCAAAAAUAAGGGAUCCAAAAAGUGGUAGCUGUAAAUGGAACUUGCAGAAUUAUCUUGAAUGGUACCAUGCAGAAUCAUGUCCUACUGAUGCCUGGAGACCUUUGUCUGAAUGACAUCUAAAUUUAGAGUCAUCUUAGCCAUGACUUGGAGCCUUCAAGGUCUUAAUUCUGGUCUCAAACUCAAACUGGGAUGUACUGACAGAAAGUGUUCUCCUUAUCCCCUAACCAGCAUGCUUUUAAUAGCAGGAGCUGUCCUUGAAUGAAAAUUAAAUCUUAGAAGCAAUUUAAGUUUAAAACAAGUUCUAGAACAUUUCCAAGUCCAGCUCACAAGCAAUUCUAGGCACCCUUAAUGUUCAAGACUUAGCUUUCCCCUGUUCUUGGAUUUGGUGUUCCUCAAGGCUUGUUUUUAAACAGUGAGUGUUAGUUUUCACAUGUUUAAAUAUCCUUUCCGAGUAAGUUGCUUCCUGGCAUAUAGUUAGCAAAGGUCUGUUUACAGUGCGGAUCUGUUUACAGUGCCUUUUAAGUUGCAGGUCCUCCAGAAAGUUUAAGUACUUACAUGUUAGAGGUUGAAACUACUUGAAACAAACUGUAUUAUGUUACUAUCACCCUGCUUAUGCUAGAAAAGUAAUCCCUCUGUUGAGGAUGAGAGCUGUGAUUCAAGGAUUAGAUAUCUGAAUUUGAUAAGAAUCCUAUUUUUGUUCAUAAAACCAGGAAUGGGUUGCAGAUGAGCACUCUGCUCCAGAGUGAAAGGUAACCUCUUGCAGUUAAGUGUUAUUUAAUACUUUAUCUCCACAGCACUGCCAAGUUCUGGAAUGUAUGGCAAGCACUCACACUCCUCGCAUUUGCACUUUUAUUCUUUACAUGACCAAUGCUUGAAUGCAAGACCAGGCAAAGUUUUAUGCCUUGAUGGUUUAUUUUUUUAGCUACUUUGCAUACAAGUGCAUUGCCAUCUGUGGAUGUUCCAUUAUAUAUUUAAUAGUUUUUAUUCUGCUUGGUGUGGGGUUUACAUUGUACUGUAUAAUGUGAGAUUUAAUAGGCUGACUUGUGUCUUGACUGCAAAUAAAUUCCUAUCUGGAGAAGGCACUCAGGUUCCUUGAUGUAAAUAAAGUUUUGGUCUAUUUUUCAAAGCUA